CUGAACAACAAAAAUAAGAAAAAAUGGCAUGAGAAAUGACAUCUAAUUUGGGUUAAGAUUGGAAAAUACAAUAAUAAAUAAAAGUAAAGUGAUUUUAGUUUAAUUAUGGACAACAAGAUGUGUAAUAUAAGCAGGAGUUUUAAUAGCAGUGAAGAAGGUGAUACUGAAAAUGAAGUGGAACUAUCAAAUAAAAUAUUCAGUGUGGAAAGUGUAGAAGAAUUGCAACCCAUAAAUCCGUCGGGAAGCACACAGAACUGGACAUUUAACGAAUUAGUCGAUCUCGACGAUGAAGUGGAUGGGGGUAAUUUAAAUAAUUUUUUUCAUAGAGUAGACAGCGAUCAAAUUAUAUAUCAAAGUAAAAAGCGUGAACUGAAGCUGAUAGGAAAAUAUGUGAUGGGUGAACUGUUGGGUGAGGGUUCAUAUGGGAAAGUUAAGGAAAUGUUGGACUCAGAAACGCUGUGCCGGAGAGCUGUGAAAAUUUUAAAGCAAAGGAAGCUGCGCAGGAUACCAAAUGGUGAACAAAAUGUACAAAGAGAAAUAAAACUCCUUCGACAGCUCCGCCACAAGAACGUCAUCCGUUUAAUCGACGAGAUGUACAAUGAGGAGAAACAGAAGAUGUACCUGAUCAUGGAGUUCUGUGUUGGCUCAUUGCAGGGCAUGCUUGACUCCACAAAAGAUAAAAAGUUUCCUGCCUUUCAGGCGCACGGCUAUUUCGUGCAGCUCAUAGACGGUUUGGAAUAUCUCCAUGGCAAAGGCAUCAUUCACAAAGACAUUAAGCCCGGAAAUUUAUUACUGACUUUGGAGGGCGACUUAAAGAUCACUGAUUUGGGUGUUGCUGAGAUUAUAGACAUAUUUGCUGAAGACGACACUUGCUAUCAGAGUCAGGGUUCGCCAGCAUUUCAGCCACCCGAAAUAGCGAAUGGUCUGGAAUCGUUUCCUGGGUUUAAAGUGGACAUAUGGAGUUCUGGUGUUACGCUAUAUAAUUUGAUUACGGGUAAAUAUCCCUUCGAGGGUGACAAUAUUUACAGAUUAUUCGAGAAUAUAGGAAAAGGUGAUUUUACGAUGCCCGACUCGGUGGAAGACCCGUUAAGAAGUUUGCUGUUCGGGAUGUUAGAUAAAGAUCCUUACAAACGCUUCAACCUUCAACAGAUACGUCAACAUUGUUGGUUCAAUAAAAAGCCACCGAAAACGGGGCAAAUGGUACCUAUACCACCGUUAAAAGGUGAUGAAUGGCACAAUAUGACCACAAUACCUUAUCUGAUGGAUCAUUACUAUGAUCUAUCAGAGAAUGUUGAAGAUGAAAAGUUUUAUACAGAGCAUCAGCUUAAUGAGAAGCGAAAUCAGCGAACGCAAAAUCAAAAGGAACACAGCCGCAGCAACGGCCAGGCUGGCACCAGCUCGAAGCGACGCUGGAAGAAGCCAAUUUCUUGCAUGACGGUGCGAAACUUCCCCGGUUGCAAGCAGUCGUGACGAUGCGCCAACGUCCGAUGUUGUUAACGUAUUUUUGAUAAGCAACUCAUUAAUAUAAUUUGUUGAAACUUGUGCGGUACCCUAAUGUUUUCUUUGUUAUGCAAUAUUUAUCAAAAAAAAAAAAAAAAUUUAAUGUGAUGUUUUUCAUUUUUACAGAAAGAUUUAUUAAAAACGCUAAGAGUGCCAUAUUGUAAAAUAAUUUGAAAAUAUCUACAUAAAAAAAUGAUUCUUUGA